CAGCCCGUACUUCCACUCCGUCCUCCCGUCGCGCUGCGCAGAGCCCCGAACGCUCCUCCAGCUCCGUGCAGCCGCGGUGCGAAGAUGGUCGGCGGCGCGUGCGCUCGCAGGUUGGCCCGCCGGUCGCGGUCCGCCCUGAUCGCAGCCCUCACGGUGCUGCUGGUGCAGACGCUGAUCGUGUGGAACUUCAGCAGCCUCGACUCCGGCGAGGACCGCGAAAGCGGAGGCUCCCUCCAGAAGAGGGACCGGGUCGCGGGCGACAAAGCCGCCGGCAGCGACUACUCGGAGCGCGGGGUCCGGCAGCCGCAGCAUCCUCCUCAGCCCGGGAGAGGAGCGUCUCGCCACAUACAGCAGCCGGACGGAUAUUACUCCCACCGGCCGAAGGAGAAAAGUAGAGUUGACAGCAACAACGAGAACUCGGUGCCCAAAGACUUUGAGAACAUAGACAAUAGUAACUUCGGGGCGCGCUCCCAGCCGCACCGCCAGUCCGUCGGCGCCACUAGCAGCAAGCAGCAGCGGGAGCAUCUGCAGGAGAAGGCCCACGCCCAGCAGCAGGCGUGGCGGUACAACGCCCCCAACCUGGGCCGAAGCUCCAACGAGGUGCUGCCCGUGGGCCACCAGCCGCUGGCGGUCAGCAACAACACCUCCUACCCGGGCGGCGCGCGGGGGCCGCGGCAGCACUACCGCGCCCCGCAGGCCCCGCAGGCCCAGGAGCAGCAUCGGCACCAGCACCCCCACAGGAGGCAGGCCACCGCGGCGCCACUGGAGGUGACCUACGACCAGCCGCACAAGUGCGAGAUCAGCGGGAAGGAGGCCAUAUCGGCGCUGUCGAGAGCCAAGAGCAAGGAGUGCCGGCAGCAGAUUGCCGAGGUGUACUGCAGGCACAGAGAAGGGCAGCUGAUGCCGGAGAAGGUCACCCGCUACUGCCCCCUAGAGGGUAAGGCGAACGUGAACGUCCAGUGGGACGAGGACUCUGCCGAGAGCUUCCCAGUGAAACCAGUGAGAAUAGCGUUCGUCCUGGUGGUCCAUGGCCGAGCCUCCCGGCAGUUUCAGCGCCUGUUCAAGGCCAUCUACCACACCUCGCACUAUUACUACAUACAUGUCGACCAGCGCUCCAACUACCUGCACAGGCAGGUGCAGGCUCUCGCCGUCCAGUACCCCAACGUGAAGGUGACGCCCUGGCGCAUGGCCACGAUCUGGGGCGGCGCCAGUCUGCUGACCAUGUACCUUCGCAGCAUGGCCGAUCUGCUGGCGAUGAGGGACUGGAGCUGGGAUUUCUUCAUCAACCUCAGUGCUGCGGACUAUCCCAUCAGGACCAAUAACCAGCUGGUGGCCUUCUUGUCCAAGUACAGAGACCUGAACUUCAUCAAGUCCCACGGCAGAGACAACGCCAGGUUUAUCCGUAAGCAGGGUCUGGACCGCCUGUUCUACGAGUGCGACACCCACAUGUGGAGGCUGGGAGACCGUAAGAUCCCAGAAGGCAUCAGCGUGGACGGCGGGUCCGACUGGUUCCUGCUCAACCGCAUGUUUGUGGAAUACGUCAUCGCCUCCAAGGACGACCUGGUCACCAACAUGAAGCGCUUUUACGCCUACACUCUGCUGCCUGCCGAGUCGUUCUUCCACACAGUGCUGGAGAACAGCGCCUACUGUGAGAGCAUGGUGGACAACAACUUGCGCAUCACUAACUGGAAUCGCAAGCUGGGCUGCAAGUGCCAGUACAAGCACAUCGUGGACUGGUGUGGGUGCUCUCCCAACGACUUCAAGCCCGCCGACUUCCACCGCUUCCAGCAAACUGCGCGGCCCACCUUCUUUGCCAGGAAGUUUGAAGCCAGCGUGAACCAGGAGAUAGUGAACCAGCUGGACGCCUAUCUGUUCGGACCCUUCCCCCACGGGACGCCGGCGCUGAGCUCGUACUGGGAGAACGUGUACGACGAGCCGGACGGCGUGGCCAGCCUGUCGGACACGCAGCUCACCUACUACCACUCCUUCUCGCGGCUGGGGCUGUCGCGGGCCGCCGCCUCUCUGCAGGGGAACCCCAGCGAUCACAGCUGCAGGUACUUCCCCAUGGGCCACCCGGUGUCGGUGCACCUCUACUUCCAGGCGGACCAGUUCCAGGGCUACCUGGUCAGGCACCACGCCACUAACCUGGCCACGAGCAAGCUGGAGACCCUGGAAACGUGGGUGGCGCCCAAGGCCAACUUCAAGACCGCGGGCCCCGCAGCCGGCACGUUCAGCAGGUUGCAGUUUGCAGAGAUCGGCACCGAGUGGGACGCCAAAGAGCGCAUGUUCAGGAACUUCGGCGGGCUGAUGGGGCCCGCGGAUGAGGCGGUGGGCAUGCAGAGGUGGAGCAAAGGGCCCAACGUGACCGUCACCGUGGUGUGGAUCGACCCCACCAACGUCAUCGCCGCCACCUACGACAUUCUGAUCGACUCCGGCGCCGAGUUCACCCACUACCACCCGCCGCUCAACCAGCCUCUGCGCCCGGGAGUGUGGAGCGUCCGCAUCCUCCACCACUGGAGCCCCGUGGCCGAGAUGCGCUUCCUCAUCGCGCCGCUGGCCUUCAACAAGCACCAGCCCAUACGACAAGAGGAUACGCUGAGGCUUCACAACGGCCCGGCGAAGAACAGCUACAUGGAGCAGAGCUUCCACGGCCUCAACCCGGUGCUCAACAUCCCUGUCAGCCUGGUGCACGUGGAGCAGGCCAAGAGGAACGCCGCCCUGACCGGAGCGGAGCUGGAGAGGUGGUUGGACGGCCUGGUGGGGGAGCUGUGGGAGGCGGCGGACGUGUGCGCGGUCGGGCCGACGGCGUGCCCCGUCACGCAGGCCUGCGCCAAGAACCCGUGGAGCUCCCUGAGCCCAGACCCCAAGAGCCAGCUGGGAGCGGCCCGCGCUGACGGGCGCAUCAGGUAGCAGCGAGGCCUCCAGCGGGACGGGAGGCCACAGGGGAGUCACUGACUGUGUUCAUCUGUUCAAGGGGGCGGGCGUUGUGGUCGGGUGGAGGAGAACCUGUUCUUGUGUCUGAGGAGACGAAGGUAGGAGCGAAACAGUGGAGGUUUUUGUGAGGGUGUCUGGACAGAAAUCGAGGAGAAUGAUUUUCAGAUCCUCCCACGGGGCUCCUCCAUUUAGGGGAUUAUGCUGGCUUAGCUAUUACAGUUUCUCAGUGUAUUUAUUUUUCUUCUCAUGGCUGAGUUUUACUGUGAUCAAACGUUGCAAUUUUUGAGCAUUUAUUUUGCUGCUGAAUGAAUUAUGAAGUCGGCUUUUGAAGCCCGGCACGGGGGCACGGCGGCCAUGCGAGUGUUGAUUAUCGACACCCGGUAGAAAGAUGAAAUGCUGCUGCAAUAAGGCCUUAGCUGUCAGACAUACACAGAGAGGUGCUGAAUUAAACAUGCCUCCUUGAGGUUUAUGUUAGUAUUAACAAAAAAAUAAAAAAGAUAGAGUCAAAAUACAACCAGCUGUUAAAAAACACCACUUCGGUUGAAGUGCAGCACAGUGAAAAGGACAUUUGACACAUCAAGUAAUUUGAACAGCAAACGUUUUAGCAGUAUUAAAGCCAAUUAAGAUUGGAGACUGGGAGAUUCCGAUGGUUCAGUGGCUCAGAUGGAUGAUCACUAGAAUAAAUCAGUAAGAGCAGCACAACUUGGUUCGGUUCAGUGCCUGUUAGGAUGUUGCCUGGUUAACUGCCUACUGCAGUCACGUUGUGUAAACGGGGGAAAAAUGAGAUGCAAAUACAUGAGGCCUUCUCAGAACAAUUACAACUAUUUGGAGCGUAUUAGGAAUUCAUCGUAGACUUUUUAGCAUUUGAAAUGAAUAAAUGCCUCGUUUGUGCGUCGUACAAUAGCAUUUUAGGACUUAACAUUCACACAGUGUUUCCUUUAAUAAUCCAGCGUUUGUGACAGGCGGAUCACAAGGAGAGAAACAUCGUGUCUGUGGUUUGGUUUUCUACCAAACUGCCUUAAACGUUUCCUUAAAAUUCUCGAUCUUGUUUUCAGUGUCAAUUGUUUUUUACUUUUUUCCAGACUUUAAUGACACUUUGUGUUGUAUAUAAUAUAGAAGUCUCAAAAUUGUGUGAAUGAGGGGAGGGUGAGUCCAUGAGUUGCUAUUUAUUUAUAAGUUUAUAUUAAUACUGAUAAUUUUAGUCAGUGACUAAAUACCUGCGACGCUGCCUGGGCAGCAUGAAUAAUAUUUUUUGUAAAGAGAGCCGCCUUUAUUUACAAAGGCCAACACCCCAAACUUAUACUGUACCUUUUUAUGGCCCGCACUUGUGUGUAUUCAGUGUUGUCCUGUCUGAAUAGAUCUUCUUGUCUUGGUUUUUCACAUGGCUGUUUGCUAAGUGCAUCACAAGAGAAAGCCACCCUGACCUGAGAGGUCAGAGGUCAUCUACCUAACAACCUCAUCCAACCGAAAAGGCAAACAAUACCACUCCUCGUGACAAACACAUCUGACGACAUCUGGACGGAAGGAGAACCUGCGCUAUUACUGUGUGUCUGUGCUUCCUGUCAGCUUCAGAAUGAUAAUGAGUGGUAGUAGUGUUCAUGCUGUGACAAUAAUGUAAUAAUUUAAUUGAAUAUUAUAUUGUGUCUUGAUUGGAACAUGCAUAACGUAUUAGAUGGGGUCCAUGCAUCUUUUCAGCUCUGACUAGAUUUGAAAAACCUUUUCUACCCCCCGAGACGUUAAAUGGACAUUUGAUAUGAAUCGGUUCUGCUGAGGGACAGCACAUCCUUAACAAGAGGAUGGCUCAAAUAUUUGUAUUACUUUCCUCUGAAGCCAAUUAGGAGUUCAAUUUGUGAUUGUCAACAUUGUUUAGCCAUCACAUGAGCAUUUUUGCACAGGCUAAUUAGGAAACAUUACUGUUCAUUAAUGUCAAGUUCACCUUUCCUCUCUGUCGGAUGUGUCUAUUAUAACUGCUGUCUCUGUUUCCUUUUCAAAACGACACUGUUUCCGGGGUGUGAGGGACGGUGGUGCAUUCCACUGGCUGGCUUAAGCCGCGUUCUGAACGAUGACAACACAAUACCUAGUGUUACAGACAGAUUUUGGAAAAGAUCAAUUAAUAAAAUAUACAGUAAGUCAAUGUGAAAGUCCUAUUUUGUAACAAAAUGAUUAACAAAUGAAGAAGAUGUGUACAUAGGUAUUUUGUAUUGAACUAUUGUUUCAAAGGUAUUGUACAUGUAAAUACAGAUGUGGUGAAAUGACGUUGAAUUAUUAAGAGUUGUUGAAGUGUCAGUUAUUGGGCACAAAGCGUGAAUCGAUGGUGUUUCUUGAUCAAAGUACAUAACCUGUUUCUGUGUUUUGGACAGCUGUGACGAAAAACCUUGUCCUGUUUGCCUCUCAGAGAAGAAUCACAUGCCAGAUUGUUGUUGUUGUUGCUGGAAUGUAUUGUUGAGCAACUGUUGCACAAAUUUCUCUGACUGACGUUUCCCCCAUUGUUUGUUUUAUGGGGAGGCUCUGUGUGCCUUAGCUGACUUUUAGAAAAUUCUUUGUCCAUUAAAUGAAUCCUUAUUUUAUUAUUUGUUUUGACACUAUGUGAAGAAUACCAUGAGUGAUUCACUGGUACUGCAACACCAAAAAGAUGUCUGCUGUUGUGUACAUAUCAUCAGGCCUUCUGUCUAUAUCAGCUUUUAUUUUUUAUUUUCUUCCCUUUUAGGGAUUUAUUUUGUUGUAAUUCACUGGCUUGUUUUACUUUUCUCAUUCCUUUUUGGAAAUAAAAUUCUAUGGAAAACA